CCCACCAACCCCCCGGGUUGCCGGGACUUGAGCAGCUCGCAGCCCUGCUCCGUCACACCCUCGACCCCGCAAGCGCCCGAGUCCAUGCCCUUGCCCCGUAGGGGAGGGGAACCGCGCCUGGCCGGCGCCCGUGUAGUCCGCACUAGCCUCCCGCGGGCGACGCCCCGCUCCCCAAAGCGUGUGGGUCGCGGGGCCCCACUGUUGAGCCAUGCGCAACGCCUCACCCGGCGGCGCCAUUCCUCCGAGCAGGUCCCACCGGAGUCCGAGCAGACAGACUUCCGCUCCGGGAAGUGGCUCCAAGAGCGCGCCGGAGGGGACGCCAGGGACCCGCGGCAAGCUCCGCUGGCCAGGAUGAGCUCCCGCCAAAGGGUCUGUGGCACAGAAGAAGUAGUGAUCCCUUGUGCUUCUGACAGUGACUCAGGAAGUGUAGAUCUACAGCUGAGCAACUUAGAAGACAUUCAAAAAGGUGUACCUAGUACUGAAUUAACAGAUUCGGACAUCUCUGACAUCCCUGGACUCACUCCUGAGCUCCCUCAAGAUAACCUCAGAUCCCUAACUCCCCAGGCACCCCUCAGUGAGGCCACUGUUGAGAGGCUGGUCCAGGCUGUCCAAGAGGCUUUACAUGGUGAGCUGAAGGGUGAACUUGAAAAGUUGAAGUUCCUAAGGUCUUUGUCUUCUCUGAGCCAAACUUUACCUUAUGAUGAAGACACAGAAUCGUUUAUUCUGCGCCACAUGCCAGAAAUAGUGCAUGUUCUAAGUGUGCUGGUAAAAGAGGAGCCUCUCCACUCUCUGUCUAGCCGGGUACGCCAGGAGCUCUUUGUCACCAUCACUGACCUCAGUUACCGUAAUGUGCACCUGUUGUUUGGCUCUGAAGACCGAGAGGACUUGCUUGGUCUUAUCAUCAAAAGUAUAAUCUCUCUGCCUGACAUAAGCACCCCUACCUGGCUGCUGAGCACAGAGCCAAACAAUACCAGCGAGCAAGAGUGUCUCUACAGGCAGAUGUUCCAGGCCUUUUCUGUGAUGCUGCAGAGUCUGGUAAUAAAAGACCCACAUUUGGAAAAUUUUGACAGCAUUUUUAAGCACAUAGACCCCUGGUUACAGUCAAACAAAAACCAUGAACGGGAACGAGCUACAGCCGUCAUGGCCCAAGUCCUCAAAUGCACAUCCAGUUACCUCAGCCUGAUGCUCCCACUGCAUUUCCAGAGGCUCGGACAUCUAGUGGCUAUGAUGGCACUGCUGUGUGGGGACCCACAGAAGGAGGUGGCUGUGGAGGCUGCGGAGGGAAUACACUACCUGCUUCAUAUCACUAUGAAACUGAAGUCUAUCACACAGGAUGGAGACAAUGGCAAGAACUUGAGAGAAACUUUGAAAAAAUGCAAGGAGCUGCUGGAGCACUAUAGAGUCAAACGAUGCUACUGUUGUGCCUACAGAAUUGUCCAGGUUUUUGAAGUUUUUCUUGAUUCUCAAGAGCUUGGGCAGUUUGUAAUGACUACCUUGGACAGCCUGAAAAGCCUCCCACAUCCCUGUAUCCAGCAGACAGCAGGAGAGUUGCUGAUAAGUUUGGUGAAGAGUGCAGAGGCUCGAUUUGAGAAGGUGCCAGAAAUAAUAGGCGUUAUCUGUGCUCGGCUGUCAAUAAUCACGCUGCCUAGUGUCCGGCAACAAAUUAUAAAUACUGUGAGUUUGUUUAUCUCCAGACCGAAGUACACAGAUAUAGUGCUCAGCCACCUCUUAUGUCAUCCAGUACCAUAUGACAGGCAUCUGGCUGAACUGUGGAGAACCUUGGAGGUAGAACUGACCAACACGACGUGGGUCCUGUGGAGGCUGUUGAGGAAGCUGCAGAAAUGCCAUGACGGAGCCACCCAGGAGAAGAUGGCCUACGUGGCUGUCGCUGUAACAGAUGCUCUUUAUGAGGUGUUUGUGGGAAACAAACUUCGAGCAGCUGCAUUCCGACUCUUUCCUCAGCUUUUGAUGACACUGCUCAUCCAGAUUCACCACAGCAUCGGCCUCACCAUGUCUGAUGUCAGCAUCCCAAGUGGCCUGUAUGCAGAGCAGCAGAUUCUAACAGAGGUCACACCUUUGUGCUUCGCCAUACAAGCUACAAAGACUCUCCUCCUCAGAGCAUCGUGCUGGCAGGAAUUCAGCAUCAUGGAAAAGAGUGGCGGAUGGAAUCUUCUGAAGGGAGAAGGCCAUCUUCAGGGAGUGUCCCUCCUUGCCAAUGCCUUGCUGGAAAGACAUCACCUCUUUGCACAUAAGACCAUGUACUUGUUGGUCCCUUUGAUUAACCGAGGGAAUGCAAAGCAUAAACUCACAUCUGCAGGCUUUUUUGUGGAGCUCCUAAAGAGUCCAGUGGCCAAGAGACUGCCCAAGUUAUACUCUACUGUCCGCCUGAAAGACUGGCUGUAUGAUGAGAAUAAGGUCUUCAGGAUCCUUGCACUGAGGGGACUCUUCAAUCUUGUCAGACACCGAGAGAUGAGAGAAGACAUCAAAAGCCUGCUGCCACGCAUCUUAGAUAGCCUACAUGAGACUGAUGAGAAGAUCGUUUUGUUGGCCAUCCAGAUACUCCUGCAACUUGUCAGGAUGCUAGACUCCACCACCUUGGCUACCAUGAUGAACAUCCUGAUCUCCUUAUUUGGUGAUGUGAGACGGGAUGUUCGCUGUUUCUCCAUGACGCUUUUUGGAGCCUGCAUAAAGGCUGUAAAGCGUACAGAGAAGAAGAGUGUGAAAAGCCAAGUCCUGGAAAGCUUGGUCCCACUCCUUCUGUUUUCUCAGGAUGAGAAUUGUGGAAUAGCUAAGGAGAGCAGACGAGUCCUAACUCUUUGUGCCCAGUUCCUGAAAUGGAAGCUGCCCCAAGGAGUGUACUGUGAAGAUCCCUUGUAUAUCAGACCGAAAGAAGUCAGAAGGGUCUGCAAAUUCUUUGGAGAAAAAACCAAGGGGAAAAUAAACAUCCUAGACCAAACACUAAUGUAUUCCAAGGAUUCAAAACUUCCCAUCAGAAGAACAGCUGUCUUGUUUAUAGGGCUCUUAUCAAAGUAUGUGGAUCCCAAUGAACUCAAGAUGAAGUGUUCCGACUGGAUAGAGACUGAUCUGAAAGAACUGCUACAAGACCCUGAGCCCUCUUUGCGCAUAAUCGCCUCCCAGGCUCUGUGCCGAAUCCAGAGGGUAGGGACUGGUUCAGAAUCGGAGAGGAGAGUUUCCUGGUUGAAGAAGCUCUCCUGCUGUCUUCAAACCUAGAAGGCCAACCACAUGA